GCUCGCAAUGCUGCUCACAAUGCACGCACUUUGUGGAUUGCUCAUUUGUCUAUUUUGCCUUUUCUCGAGUUGUGUUUGGUGUGAGUUUUGUGAUAAUGGCACGGGUGAGUGCAAAGAGUUAACUGCCACGGAUUGCCCGGUUCUAUUCUAUUAUCUUCACCUAAUUGGCAAUGAAAUCAAGUACUGCAAUGAGUUCGAGGACAUCGUCUGCUGUCCCCUGCCUUUAGAUGUGCAAAAUCGGGCGCCAGUUGACGAAACGCGUGCGUUUGAGAUGGAAUGCAAGCACUUCAAUGACAUACGACCCACUUGCCACGCUACGCCCUUUAUUGUGGGCGGUAGCAAGGCCAAGGGUCGUGAAUUUCCGUUCAUGGCACUAAUUGGAAAUAAGGAGCCGGGCAGAAGCGAAAUCAACUGGGACUGUGGCGGCACCUUGAUACAUCCCAAAUACGUUUUAACGGCUGCCCACUGCCUGGAGACGUCUGAGACGAAGUCGGAACGUUUGGAUCCCAAAUUCGAUUCGCCCAAAUUUGUUGUGCGUCUGGGUGAAUUGGAUUACAGUAGCAACACGGAUGAUGCAAUGCCACAAGAUUUUCGGGUUGUCAACUACGUAAUCCAUCCAUUCUAUGAUGGUGACGAUGACCAGAGCACAUUUGACAAUGACAUUGCCAUCAUAGAGCUGGAUAGGAAUGCGACAUUGAACGAGUAUGUGGCGCCAGCUUGUCUACCGCACAGCAGCGGUAAUGAGAAUAUGCAGCUGACAGCCGCCGGCUGGGGAUUCACAAGUGAAGCAGGCCAGAAAUCAUCGCAUCUACUUAAAGUAACCAUCGAGCGUUUCGACGACGACCUGUGCGAGGAGCGUUUAGAACUUGAAAUUAAGAGAAGCUCCCAGUUCUGCGCUGGUUCCAGCAACAGCGAUGGCGACACUUGCAACGGCGACUCAGGCGGACCCAUUUUUGUGCAGAAUCCGCGCUACAAUUGCCUCAAGGUCAUAAUUGGCAUCACAUCGUAUGGCUUGAUCUGUGGUCAGAAGGGACUGCCCAGCGUCUAUACAAAGGUUCACCUUUACACGGAUUGGAUUGAAAACAUUGUAUGGGGUCAGUGAGAAUUGUGUUUUCAAAUAGUUAGCUUAAUUACUUUAAAAUUAUAUAAAUAUACUCGUAUAUACAUAUUUGUAACAGAA